AUCGGCAGGCCCAGUGUGUCGUUCGCACUUCCAACAGUCGCAGGUCGCAGCCGCGUAGUGCAUAUAUACACGAUGAUAUCGUCGUAGACUAAAUAAGGCGGCAGUGACAUUGCCGGAGGCGAAGGUAUCUCCAAUUCGAACCACCCAUUAACCAAUUGUGAGUCAUUGUCAUAUCCAGUGCCCAACCAUGCUUGUUAGUGAGAAUUCCAUACAGGAAUCUUACUAUGGCAUUCUAUCAGUAAGAGAAGAUGCAAAUUAUGAAGAAAUACGGGCAAGCUAUCGAUCUGCCAUCCUUAAUUUUCAUCCUGAUAAACUACAACAGAAUUAUGAUAAAUGUGACCCUAGCCAUGAUACUGGAGAUAAAUUUCUGAAGGUACAGAAGGCCUGGGAAGUCCUAAGCAAUUCAGUUUCGCGUGCAGUCUAUGAUAAUGAGUUGCAAGCUUCAAGAGAAGAAAAUGAAGUCGCAGAAGAUAUAGAUUUACAAGAUAUGUUGGUUGAAGUUACUGGAGAAGUUUUGGAACUCUUUUACCCAUGUCGAUGUGGUGAUUAUUUUAAUAUUGAUUCUUUUGAGUUAGGUAAAAUGGGAUAUACGUUGUUGCAGGAUGGGAGUAGUGUUUCAUUUCAGGCUACAGAUGCUUUACCAGCAUCACUUGUUCUUCCAUGUGGUUCUUGUUCUCUGCAAGUUCGUCUGCUGAUCGAUGUGGAUAUAGAGGUUCCAACAGAUGAUAAGCCAUGAUUAAACAUGAUUGUGCAAUUCACAUUAUUGAUAUGUAACUGCCACCAUAUGCUAAUCAAACGAGGUUAUGAAAUUUGGCAACCUCUUUGAUUUGUAUUGCUUCUGAUUGUAGUCUGAUUUGAUAAUUUGCAUUACAUUUUUCUCUGUGCAAA